AUGUCAUCCAACUCCAACACGAUCUUGCGGUGCACUAUCACCAACAUCGGCUCUACCCCCGGACGAGAGAUUAUCCAGACAUACGUAUCGGCUCUCCUCUCUUCUAUCUCUCGUCCGUCACGAGAACUUCGAUGGUUCGUAAAGACAAAGCUCUCCAGCCCGGGGAAAGUCAAGUGGUCAGCAUCCGUCUCGAUCAAAAGGCUUUCGCAUAUUACGGGGAGAAGGGGUGGACAGUGGAAACUGGAAAAGGACGAGUAUCAGGUGCUUGUUGGAGCGUCGAGCGUGGAUAUCAGGGAGACGAUUGAGGAGGAUUUCAAUUUCUGA